AUGGAAUUUGCCAUUGUCUAUGCUGUUUUAGUGGCUCUGCUAGUUGCAAUAAUGCCAGUCAUCAGUCUUGGAGAAAAAAUUUCUUGCUUCUACAAUCUGUCCCCUUGUAUCGAGAAAGCUUUUAUAAAAGAAAAAAGAAAAAAGAAAGGAUUUCUCAUGGGCGGUGAGGAUUUUGAUGAUCAUGUUUCCAUCAUGGGAGAUUGGAUGCCUCCAAAUCCAAGCCCAAGGUCCCUUUUUUCAUCAGUCAAUGAAACUAAAACCGAGCCUUAUCAGAACAACAGCUCAAAUUCUCUCACGGAGUCUAAAAUAAGCUCACGUGGUGGAGGCCUCAUGGAGAGAAGGGCAGCUCGAGCUGGCUUUAAUGCUCCAAGGCUAAAUACAGAAAGUAUUAGGCUUGGUGAUCUUUGCAAGGAAGAAGUUCGGUCUCCUUAUUUGACGAUACCACCUGGUCUUAGUCCAACUACUCUGCUCGAUUCCCCUGUUUUCCUUACUAAUUCACUGGUUCAGCCAUCUCCCACAACUGGAAAAUUUGCAUUUGCUUCGGGUUGUAACAAUCCGAACUCAUCAUUGAUGAUGAUGGCAGCUGAAUCUAUGACAGAAUCGAAAUCGGUUCCUAAUUUACAUGCGAUAAACAGAGCACACACCUCGGGUUCUUAUCCUGAUUUUGGAAUCACCACUCAUCCAAACACCUCGUUAUUCCCCCAUCAAACCGAAAGCCCACACCACGCGAACAAAAACACGAGCCCGUCUCCCGAGAACACUUCCUCGCUCGUCGAGGAGCGGACGCACGGUGACGAGGCGGACGGCUACAACUGGAGGAAAUACGGUCAAAAGCAGGUCAAAGGGAGCGAAUAUCCUCGGAGUUACUACAAGUGCACCCACCCGAGCUGCCCCGUUAAGAAAAAAGUCGAGCGUUCGCAUGAAGGCCACAUCACAGAGAUUAUCUACAAAGGGGCCCACAUCCACCCCAAGCCUACUCCUCCCGGCCGCCGCACGCCGAACGAGGGUGGUGGUGGAGGAGACCUCGUCGUGUGGCCGGUCGGGCGGAACAAUAAUCCCGAGGCACCGUCUUCCCCGUCUCACGAAUAUGUGGAUCGGGAAAAGCCGGGAGCAGAUGGGAGUUUGGAGGGGUCGUUUACUUUCUCGAACGAGGAGGAUAACGACGAUGACCGUGCGACGAACGGGAGCGUGUCGGUGGGUUGUGAUGGGGAAGGAGAUGAAUCAGAACUAAAGAGAAGGAGGAUCGAGGCUUAUGCUUCGGAGGUGAGUGGGGCCACGAGAGCUAUGAGGGAGCCGAGAGUCGUGGUCCAGACGACGAGCGAGGUGGAUAUACUCGAUGACGGGUAUCGUUGGCGGAAGUAUGGGCAGAAGGUUGUGAAAGGGAAUCCAAAUCCUAGGAGUUACUACAAGUGCACAAGUCCCGGGUGCAAUGUCCGAAAACACGUCGAGCGGGCUUCACACGACCUUAAAUCGGUUAUAACCACAUACGAGGGCAAACAUAACCACGAUGUCCCCGCGGCCCGCAACAGCAACUCCGGGCCCACAAACCAACAACACACUCCAAGCGGCCACAUACAACGGGCCGAGCCUCCUCAACUGAAUGCUACCAUGGCCCAAUACGAAAGGCCUUCACUCUUCCCGUUUGGCAUUCCUGGCAGGCCUCAACAGAUGGGCCAAGGGCUGGGAUUUGGGUUUGGGUUGGGCCAGCAGAGGCUAGCAGCCGGGCUUGGGCCGGCUGGGAAGCUGCCCGUAAUGCAAGUUCAUCAUCCUUAUUUUGGGUAUAGGGCUCGACCUUUGAGUGAUAUGGGUUUUGCUGUGCCGAAAACCGAACCUAAGGUGGAGCCUGUGACGGAUGUUGGUUCGGACGGCUCAUUGGUCUAUCAGCAGAUCAUGAGUCGGCUACCGCUCGGGCCACAGAUGUAAAUUUUUCAUUUUUAUUUUAUUCUAUUUAUUUAUUUAUUUAUUUUUGGGAUUUAUUGUCCUUGUUUGCUUAAGAAGAAGCAUGACAUGCAUUCAGAAUUUAUCUGGAAUUUGAGAUAUUUGCAGAAAGUUG